GAUUCUGUUCCAGAUAUUUUGAAUGUGAUGGUUCUCCAGUGAAGUGAUUGGAUCCUAAUGUCCGGCAACAGCUCACACUUCAUAGUUCUCUUUUGUCGGUCUUUGUUUUGGAUGUCAAGUCCGAUGAUCUUACAAAGUUGUUCUCGAGCCCGCUAUCCCUACAAGCCUGCACUCGAGUCCAAAGUCCGUCAUCCUCAACCAAUGCUAUCAUUAUCUUCAACCCUUUACCUUGACAUCUCAUCAACUCGAAUCCACAUCUCAUUCCUCUUGGGCGAAUUUUCAUAUCAUCGAUCAAGACCCAAAUCUUCGGUGCUUAAGAAAAGCAAGGAGUUCAGACAUCGAGACCAGCAGUUUGUUCGAAGGAAAUAAACUACCGAGAGUAAAAUUGCAACAAGGAGUUCUGCACUUAGAUUUUGUUUUGUUUCAAGUUUGAGCUACAGCAAGUUGAUGGGAAUCCCAGAAUUGAUAUUUUGUUAUUGGACUAUGCAAACCAAAAAGU